AUGUUUUCCGAUUUCUUCAAAUCUUUUGGUAAACUUGGGACUUCGAAUAUCGAACAUCAAAAAGAUAUCGAAUGUCAACCAUUACAAUUAUCAGAUACUACUCAACGUCGUCAUGUGCAUUGUGAAGAUGAAUUUAUUGUUCAAUUAACCUUAAUCUGGCUAGAUGAAAGUGCCAACAAGUAUUCUUUCGAUUCACUACGUACAAAAGCGUUACUUCGUGAUAUUAGUAACAAUAAUUGUUUAUUCAUCGAUGAUGCUAAUGAAUUUCAAAGAAUAAUUGAAAAAAUGAAACGUGAACAAAGAAAAAUAUUAGUUGUCAUAUCGGAAUCAGUAAAUGAUUGGUAUAUUAAAGAUUCCUUUGUCUACCGUUUAAUAAAUCGAGCAUUUCGAACAGAAGACAUUACAUUAUGGUAUUUAUUUCGUUACUUUGUUAUUGAUCUUUGUAAACAGUUGGAAAAAGUUCAUACACAACAAAAUAAUCAAAAACCUUUUACAGUUUAUCGUGGUCAAUCUACAAUGUCAACAAACGAAUUAAAAAAAUUACGAUCUAAUCCUGACUGUCAGAUUGCAACAAAUGGAUUUUUCUCAACGUCCAAAGACAAAAGCGUUGCUAGACAGUUUAUUGCUGAUGCUUAG